UUGCGCCAGAGCUGCUGGGCUGUGGGAUCCGCGCCGCAGUCGCCGCCUCAGCUGCUGCCGGAGCCGCUCGCUCGUCGCCAGUCACCGCUGAGCCGCGCCCGGAGCCCGGCCGAGAGGCUGCAGCCCGGAGCCCGCCGCCCCUGCCCCGAGCCCGCCGCCGCCCUCCGAGGGCCCCUAAGGCCACGCCAUGGUGAAGGUGACGUUCAACUCGGCUCUGGCCCAGAAGGAAGCCAAGAAGGACGAGCCCAAGAGCGGCGAGGAGGCGCUCAUCAUCCCCCCCGACGCCGUCGCCGUGGACUGCAAGGACCCAGAUGAAGUGGUACCAGUUGGCCAAAGAAGAGCCUGGUGUUGGUGCAUGUGCUUUGGACUAGCAUUUAUGCUUGCAGGUGUCAUUCUCGGAGGAGCAUACCUGUACAAAUACUUUGCACUUCAACCAGAUGACGUGUACUACUGUGGAAUCAAGUACAUCAAAGACGAUGUCAUCCUAAACGAGCCUUCUGCAGAUGCCCCAGCUGCUCGCUACCAGACAAUUGAGGAAAAUAUUAAGAUCUUUGAGGAAGAUGAGGUUGAAUUCAUCAGUGUGCCUGUCCCAGAGUUUGCAGAUAGCGACCCCGCCAACAUCGUGCAUGACUUUAACAAGAAACUCACAGCCUAUUUAGAUCUUAACCUGGAUAAGUGCUAUGUGAUCCCUCUGAACACAUCAAUUGUUAUGCCACCCAGAAACCUGUUGGAGUUACUUAUUAACAUCAAGGCUGGAACCUAUUUGCCUCAGUCCUAUCUGAUUCAUGAGCACAUGGUUAUCACUGAUCGCAUUGAAAAUGUUGAUCACCUGGGUUUCUUUAUUUAUCGACUGUGCCAUGACAAGGAAACUUACAAACUGCAACGCAGAGAAACCAUUAAAGGUAUUCAGAAACGUGAUGUCAGCAAUUGUGUUACGAUCCGGCAUUUUGAAAACAAAUUUGCUGUGGAAACUUUAAUUUGUUCUUAAACAGUCAAGAAAAACAAUAUGGAGAAGAUUUAAUACCACAACAUAACCCCGCCCUUUGUAUUUUGUGCAGUGAUUAUUUUUUAAAAUCUUUUCAUGUAAGUAGUAAACAGGGCUUUACUAUCUUCAUCUCAAAUUCAAUUAAAACCGUUACCUUUUAAAAAUCU